AUGCAAUCAACUUCACGACCCAUUCUCCGCAUCACUGCCAAUCCAGCUCUUUUCCGAUCCCUCUCUACCACCCCCAGAAUCAUGGCUGCAGGUGAUCUAGGGGCCCCCAAGCCGAGAGGCUUCAUGGCCGAGAAGGACUCCUUCACCAAACGCGAGGCCGCACACGAGGCGAUGUAUAUUCGACAGCAAGAAAUGGAUAAGGUUCAACGUUUAAGAGAGAAACUCAAGGAGCAGCGCAAGCAUAUGGAUGAGCUCGACAAGCAUCUUGAGGACUUGGCCAAAUCUCAGGGCGGAGAAAAGAACUAG